GGAAAGUCAGGGCCGCGUUCUCCGGUCCUGUUUGUGUUGUUCUUAGUGUUUUCGUGUGUCUUCAGGAGAAAAUAGAAGGACAAGAGGCAACAGAAACCAUGGCUGAAGAAGAGAAACCGCGUGAGACAGAAGUCAAAGAGGAAGAGCCAAAGGAACUGACAGUUGAUAAGCCAAAGGCAGAAGCACCUACCACAGAAGAACCCACCAAAGAGGAGCCAGCUGAGGAGACCCCAGAGAAGGUUCAGGCUGAGGAACCGGUGCCUGAAAAGGCCGAACAACAGGAAGCAGAGGAGGAGGAGGAGGGGCAAAAUGACAAUGAGGAGGAAGAGGAGGAGGAAGAAGAAGUGGAGGAUGUAUUUGGGGCUCUUUCAACCUUCUCUGCAGAGAUGUUCGCAGCUCUGGGGUCGCCUGCAGAGCCCUUACCCCCAGAGGAGAGGCAGCCACGACCCCUGGCACUGAAUGGCCAUGACCCCUUACACACCACCAGGCUGUUACAGGACCUGAUUACUUAUGACGAUGAGGAACCAGAUGUAACCUAUGGCCUGGGCCCCCUAGACAACCAUGGCCGACUAGCUGCUGUCUCCCACCUGCUCUCAGCUUUGGUGACGACGCUCGACCCUCAGCAUCUUAGGCGGCUUGCAACUAGGGUCAUGUCAGACUCGUGCUUGUGGGUCUCCAGAUUGUUCAGAUACUUUGACUCAACAGCCUAUAUCCAUGAGGAUGUGCGUGAGGGUGUGGUGCGUGUAUGCCGCAUGCUGCUCCAUACGCGCUACCCCAAGUACGCAGCUGAUGGCUAUGAGGCACUUUACGCCAGACCCCCGGUUAUCUACACCAGCAGCACUGUCAGACCUGGGCUGCCCCAACACAUUGCAGCCAUGCUUGGUUUGGGGUCUGGCUGUGUGCGAGUUGUUCCCUGCAAUACAGUUGUGGGGUCACCAGUUGCCAUGGACACAGCAGCACUCGAUCGCAUGAUGGCGGAAGAUUUGGCAGCACAAAAGAAACCUCUGCUUGUCAUUGCAAAUGUUGGUGGUGGAGCUGUAGGGGGUGUAGACAAUGUCGGCCGCAUCCAAGAACUCUGCAACACACACGAGGCUUGGCUGCAUGUGGAGGGACAUGCUCUGGCAGCACUUACACUGCCCAAUGCACCCAAUUUGCCUGCAAAAGUAGCUGACAGCAUGACCUUGCCCCUGUCCCUGUGGCUCGGGAUUCCCUCACUCCCAUACGUCACCCUAUACAAAGCGUAUGAGACCUCGGCAGUUCAUGCAGCGGGUUUGACGGCACUCAGUCUGCACGUGCGAUUGUCAUGUCUUCCUCUCUGGACCACAUUACAGACCCUAGGCCAGACUGGAGUGAUAUCGCGGUUCCAGCACGCCUUCGAGCUUAGCCAGUAUCUGCAGCAGCAUCUCGCCACUUUACCACGAAUUCGACUCUUUAGUCCAGUUCCCCCCGAGGGCACGGCAAUCACCAUUCAGGAUCUAGUCACCAAGCCUGUCAGCACUGCACAACUCCUAGAAACUGUGAGUGGGUCAGUUGUGUUCCAGUACGUUGAUGAGACCAACACAGGUGGCAAGAACUCCGAGUAUUAUGACAAUUUGAAUUCAUGGCUGGGGCAGGUUGUCCGACGUGAUCUCGGCAGUAUCCCCCUAGAGCUGGUGCAGCUGGAUACAGCUGGCCUGGUCCUGCGCUGGAGCCCCAUGGAAGGACCUGAGACCUAUCACAUCACUCUUGCACAUGUUGAUCACCUCAUUCACUCCCUUCACCAUCAGCUA